AUUCGAAUCUAUAUUGGAAAACGUUAUCGACGUAUGUAUUAUUGGAAAUUAAUUUGACAAAUCGAUUUAAAGAGCAUUUUUGGGAUUUUAUGGCCUCGUUCUAAUGGCAGCCUUGAUAAAUACAUGAUGGCCGUUGUCCCCAUGAAGUGAAAACGCUUUUUGGCUCGUCGCAAACGCAGUUCCCCUUUUAUUUAUUACUUAUUUUUGUAAAUAACUGCCCAUGAACAAGCUAUGACUGUCUGUGAAGUGUCAAACGUAUGUUUAACGUGAUAUAUGUGUCAAACCCGUCAGACUGUGUAUAGCGGGAACUGGAUAGCGAGUGGGCAACUACAUUCGGAGAAAAGAAGAGAGAUCAAGGCCUAAGCACGCAAUGUUUGAAGAAAGAAUAAUUGAAUAAUAUAUACACAAACGUACAGGUGUAUCGUGAAAAAUAUUAAGUGGAUGUAACUUGCCUUAAACUCUAUUCCUCAAAGUACAUGCAUAAAUCAAUUGAUCAAUCAGGUUUGAGAAAACAUUUCAUCAUUCGAACGAUGCCGACUAACUAUGUUUGGCUUUUGGGUUUAGGAUAAAAUCCAAAUUCAAUGAGUUUGUAACCAGUUCAGUAUCAUAUGAACACUGUCGCCUCAAAAACCAGUUCUCAUUCAUGUCUCGGUACUAAUUCUAUUACCAAGUGAAGUGAGAAAAUAAAACAGGAUAUCUAAAUGGAUGAAAUCUUACAAAUGUGCUUUAGACUAAAAUCUAGAUAUGCUCGAGACACAGUGAUAUUAUUGUUUUUAAAUGGAUAAUAAAAAUCCUUUUAAACAUGAUCAACAAUCUGAUAACAAAGUGUUGAUAUGCAUGCAGUGAUAAAUGAUUUUUAAAAUAAAAUCAAGAUAUACCAGACGAACUCUGACACUAUUGUUCCUAAACGGAUAACAAAAUAAUACAAUUCCAAUUGAGGUUUGAUCAAUUAAAGUCGAAGUGAGCAUCAAGGCUUUAUGGAUGACAGGAGCGGGAGACGUGGGUCGUAGACGCGUUGAGUGGCGCCGUAGCGCAAAUACGCAAACUCAUAUUACAUAGUUGGAUACAUAUUUGCAGGGUUCUACUCGUGGAUACAAAGGCGAAGGUGAAAAGGUGGCUGAAGGCUGCCUGGAGUUGCGAGGGGCUGCGUGGGCAUGCAGCAGCCUCAGCCACGCCCUCUCCUCGGGGACUCUGUAUCCUCUACACCCCCCCAAGCUGCACGUCGUAAUAAUCCCGUUGCUGUAUUAACGCAUCAGCAGCUACAACAGCUGCAGCAGUUACAAGCACACAAUCCAACUGGUCAGUCGCUAACAUUUGCCCUACAACAACCAUCGAAUAACGCGCAAGAGCAGAAUAAUGGAUCAGCAACUCAUGGAAAUCACAUAGUUUAUGUAAAUCAGUUGAACCAGUUAAAUCAAGGAGGCCUCGGUCACUCAGGGACUGGUAUGGGCCUGCCCCCAGCCACCCCCACGUUUGGGGUGGGCCUUAAUAUGGGACUGCCGUUAUCAUUAUUAAAUACCUCGCUGACGUCUCUUACUUCUAAUGCAAUUACAACAUCUAAUCCACUCUUAAAUUUGGGCUUAUCCAGCAUAAACCCAGGUCUGACAACUCUAAAUCCAAAUCUAAAUACCCUAAACUCAAGUUUGAACACCAUUAAUCAGAGUUUAAGUUCGAAUUUGACAACGAAUAAUAUCAACUCUGGUUUAACAGGCCUUGGCCAAGAUUUAACAAACGUUAACUCUGGACUAACGUCCAUAAACUCUGGAUUAUCUGGCAUUAAUCAAGGACUUACAAAUUUAAAUCCGAAUGUGAAUCCCGGUCUAAACACCCUAAAUACAAAUUUAAGCAAUGUGAAUUCUAGUGUUUCAAACUUUGGAACAUUAAAUCCAAGUAUAAGUACAAAUUUGACUACAACCAGCAUAAACCAAGGACUCAGUCAAACUCUAAAUGCUUUAAAUAGUGGCUUGACACCAAGCAGCAUAGGUUCAAGCAACUCGAAUAGCUUUUCGUUUCCCACCAUUCAAAGUAUACAGAGCUUAGCCCCACACAUUGUGAGUUCAAACAUUACGCAUAUUCCUAGUUCAAACGUGUCGCACCUGUCUUCAAAUUCUAGUGUUUCUUCAAUCUCACAUAUUUCCAAUUCCGGUGUUACACACAUACCAAGUUCAAGUGUGUUCACGCAAGUAUCUAGUGUACCUACGCUUUGCAGCUCAAAUAUAACUCAAGCAUCAAACAUCACGCAUUUAACAAAUGCUGGAACUAUGCACUCCGGUGUUUCCCAAGCUCCUAAUUCAACGUUACAGCAUAUACCACUUUCGAAUGAUCCUAAUUCAACUAUAAGUCAUAUUACCUCUUCGAAUGCAUCACAUAUAACUACUUUUCACCCUCAGAGGCAAUUUUCCCAGAACUUGAAUCCUGUUCUCAGUUCUUCGCAAACGCUAAAUAGUGUUAAUACAUCUUUGAAUGCAAUGAACAAUUUAAACAGUGUAAAGAAUGUGCAAAAUAUUCAAAGUCAGAAUAUAAGUUCACCUGGUAGCCCGUUUUCAAUACCAAUGAAAAGUCCUGCUUCAAAUAUUGCGCCACCUACACCAAGCCCGAGUCCAAACCGACUUCUUCUGAGAAGCCCGGCAUCCAAUUCGAUGCAAUCAAAUAGAAACAGUCCAAGUCCUGUUUCAAUUUCAACUCCAAAUGCCAGCUUUGGGUCCCAACUGCAAAGCCCAAUGCAGAGCCCAAUGAGUAUCGGACCCAUUCAAAGUCCAGCGCCUAGUCCUUAUCCACCCUCCAAGAGUCCACAUCACUUAGGAGGUGGCAGUGCGAUGAAUAACAGAAGCCCAGCACCUGGAGGCAGCCCUGGUCCCCCAGUGGUAAGAUCCAACACGCCAAUACUGCAACAAGGUAUGCAAGUUCUACAGAUUAUUCAUGGUAAUCCACAAAAUUACCAACCCACACCUGCUCAAUUAGUGACGAGGACACACUUGAUUGGAAAUCAACAAAUCCAAAUUGCCACUACCAAACCAACGAAACAACCACCACAAAUUUUGCCUAAGCCUCCAAAUCAGCAAGCCAGUGUUACACAGCCAAAACAACAGCGAACUACCAACACUGUUACGAGUCAGGUUCCUCAACAAUCCCAACCACAGUUGGUUCUUACUGGUCCUCAGACGAAUGCCACAACAGCUACCAUGAUUCCUACAGCACAAGGUCCACUCCUGCUGAACCAGGUUCUACCGUCUUCAGGGCCUGUUAUCGUUCAGCAGCAGCCCGGUGGUGUUCAAUUGAUCCUACGGACACCUACGAAUGCCCAACAACAAACGCAUACCGCACAGCUGACUCAACAACAACUGGUUCGUGUGGUGACAGCUCAAGGAAUGCAGUUACAGGGCUUGGCCCCAGCAUUUUUUGCUGUACCAAACGGAUUUCCGCCACCGCCACCCCCUGUUUUAAGGCAUAAUCAAAAUAGUCCAGCUCCUCCAAAUAGUGGAGGUAAUCCGAUAGUAAUACAAAACACUAUGGUGCAAAGUCCCCAGACGCAACUUACACAAGUGACAAAUGCAAAUGCUUCGAAUAAUUCAAAUUCAAAUACUCAUACAGUUGAUCAUAAUUUGUUACCUCCGCCUAAAAAAAAAGCUAAGAAAAAGAAAAAGACGAAAAGAAAAGAUGAAGAACCACCAAAGUUAGAUUUGGCAAGUAUCAUGAAAAUUUCUGGAAUUGGCGACGAUGAUGACAUGUUUGAUACAGAUUUAGUUACUGAGGCAGAGACAUCCAAUCAAAUGCAAAUUGAACAAAGUAUUGAUCAAAGCUUAGGUUCGGCUUUGACGCAAGUAUCGAUUUGUAAUACAAUUAAUGUUAAUACACAAACGCAGAGUAACCAGAAUAGUCGGAAUAGUCAGUUGUUAGCACAGUUACAAACACCUGUGCAAAAUCCCAUUUCUGGACAUUUGAGACUUGCAGUCGGCGAAGACGGCAAAUUCAUUUUACAUCACACGCCAGAACCGAAUCAUCCAGAAAUUGAUUCAGCCACGGCUCAGGCUUUAAUUCGCUCAUUGACUCAAGGUGGUGGACAAAAUUCUCAAAUAAUAUCUCAACUUCUUGGUCAGGCGACAGGAUCGCCACAAAAUACUGGACACAAUCAACCAAUGAUACAGAUACAAUCGCACAGUAGGCAGAAAUUUGAGAAAUCACCUUUGACUACAGCAAAUCAAGGGUCGAACCAACCGCAAGGGGCAGUUACCAGUCCAACAAAUUGUCAAGAUGCCACCCUGUCGACAAGUCCUGAGCAAUUACAGAUUUCCCAGAAUUUGAAUAUGCAAAGCAAUUUGAGUAAUCCCGCAAAUCAGAAUACCCAAAUAUCUCCAAGUUUGAACUCGCAAAGUCAUGCAAACUCUAUGCAAAAUUCGAACAUGCAACUUUCCACGAAUGUGAACAUCAAUAGCAUGUCAAAUACUAUGAAAACUCUCCAAACAUCGAAUACUAGUCUACAUAGCCAUCAGCAUUCUAAUCCAAAUAUACAAUUAUCGGGUGAAGUUUCAUCCCAAAAAUUUUCAAUGGUUUGCCCAAAAUUCCAAGUUCAAACAAAUCAACGAGGUUCAAACACUGGCCAACCUGUUACUACUAAUCAACAACAUGGGCGUAACUUACAAACCCAGAAUGUAAUUCAGAACCGAGUCACCAAUUCCUCUGUACAACUGAGUCCACAACAAACUGUUAAAUAUUCCCAGCAAGCUGGUCAUGGUAUACAAAAGCCCAUGCAGAGUACUCACUCGGUGCAGGUAAACUCUCAAUUGGUUAAUUUGCUUCCAAAAAAUGCGCAAUCGAUACAGCAAAUUAAUAUGCAGCAAGAGACUCAUUGUAAUCAGCAAACAACGCAAACUGGUCAACUGUUACAAAGCCAAAAUGUACAGCACAUUUUCCAACAAAAUCCCAAUGCGAGUAGCAAUUUACAACACAAUAUUUUACCAUUAAAUUCUGUUAAUAACAUGCAACACAAUAUUUCUACAAGUGGACAGCAAAAUACGAGCAAAAAUGUUCACCAAAGCAGUACCGCUAGCACACAACAACAGCAACAACACCAAAAUAAUAUUUCACAACAAAAUGCAACUGCUACUCAACAACACUUGGAACAAAGUUUGCAUCGUAAUAUGGCGAGUGAUUUGCAUCCUAAUUCAGCCAAUAUUGUUAAUCAAAAUGCAUCCAACAAUUUGCAACAUGGGACAACGAAUAAUAAACAACAAAAUGUAUCUACUGAUUCUCAAAAUGUCAGUUCAAAGCAGCACAAGACGGCAUAUACGAAUACGAAUUGUUCAGAAAAUUCACAGUCAGUUAAUUCUCAAAGUGGAACAAACAAUGUGCAACAACAGAAAAUUUUGAUUUCGAAUUCUCCUUGUCAACGGAAUAUGCAGCAGACUGAUCUUCAGAAGGUUCAAGCAUCCAGUACCAAUACGAUGAAUUCUGCUGCAACAAGUAUAUUCAAUAAUGCUCCAAAAAUUACACCUGAAAUUCUGAAUGCUCUGAGUAAUUUGAACCCAAACGAUCAGUUAUUAAUUGCAAAUGCUAAUGGCCAAAUGCAAGUUAUAAGUCAACAGUUAUUGCAGCAAUUUCUAUCUGGACAGUUAAAUGUCUCACAACAAACCCAGAAUCAGAAUCAAACACAGAAAAUUGUCAUUGGAGAACCAAACUCCAACAAUCAGAAUUUGCAAGGUGUACAAAUAAAUACACCCACCAGUCAAAUAAUUGUAAACAGCUCAGGGGGUGCACCGACCAUACAAAACAAUAUCCAGAAUAUUGUCGUACAAGCGGCACCAUCGCAAAUGCCGCAACAAAUACAAAUACAGAAUUCAGGUUUUCCAAGUCAAUUUAUUGACAAUCUAAAUCAACAGCAAAUUAGAAAUUUGGGAAAUAAUUCAACAACUACUAGUUCGGCACCCAAGAAAGCUAAGCUUACCAAGAAAGUUAAGGUCGCUGUUACUUCGGCUCAAAACGUCAGUUUUCAAACGGUUACCAAAGCUGUUGCGGUAUCUCGAACUACAAUGACGACGACAACAUCAACUCAAAAAACUAGCCUGUGUGAUAGUACUAAUAAAAGCAACUUGAGUUUGGUGACUCAGAGUACAAAUUCAAACAAAUCCGAACUCCCUCCAACUUCAACUAACGGUUCUGUAGUUUCACCAAUGCCAAAUAAUCAAAAUUUGAUUUUACCUAAUGGACAAUUGGUCCAAAGGGUGCAAACUAUACAGUUGCCUGUGCAAAAACAGCAGAUGCUGAAAAAUAUUCAGGCACAAAUACAGGCAAUCCUUGCACAUAAACCCAAUAAUCAAGCUGAACAGCUUGCUUUAACAAAGCUCUACCACGAACAGAGCAGAAUUUUCGCCAGCGGAAAAGUUAUCAGCAGCACUUCUCACCCAGUGAGUAGUGGUGCUGAGUCAACUAUGAGUGUUAAUGUUGUAUCAACCUCGGUACCUACUUCUCAGUCAUCGAGUAUUUGUAAAAAUCAAACAUCGACAGCGCAAACACAGACGUUUAGCAAUCCUUCUUUGGCUACAACCGCGAAUGCUCAAAUUCCAAUUUCUACAUCACUUAAUAUUCAAAGUAGUGUUAGUACUGCUUUUGUCGGCAAUCCAACCCAGGCGCAACCUACAGGACAGCAAAAUAUUCAGGCACAAUCUGCCCAGACUGUUCAUCAUCAAAAUAUGAGUCCAGUCGAGUCGAAACAGCAUAAAUUUUAUCAGAAUCAAAGUCAGCCGAUUCCGAGUCAAUCAAGUACGAGCACAACACCGUAUUCUGGGUUGAAUGACAUGCCGAGUUCAGCACAAAAUAGUUUACAAAAUCAAACACAGUCUCAACAAAUGAUUGCACAACAAUCAACGCAAUGUCAAACAGAUCCGUUGGAUGUGAAACCUAAUAUACAAACGCUCAGUCCGAUCAAACAGGAAAUACCAUCGCCAAUUCAAAUCCAAGUUCAAAUUGGAUCUCCUGUUGGUCAGGUCUCAUCUAAUUCACCCAGAAUUGCGUCAAAAUGUUCUCAACAAAAUCAAAGCCCAGUGAAUAUAAAUUCAUCCCAGUGCCAGAUUAAACAAUUAAGUACUCCAGGAAAUAAUUCUUCACCAUUGGUAAGCCCACGACAAGCCGUCAAAAGGCCUGCCUCAAGUCCGAUUUGUCGACAAAUUAAUCGCAGUGAUUUACUGGAACAACAGUUGAAAAUAGACCAAAAUGGUGCAAUAAACCCAGAUAUGAAUACUCCAUUUAGUAGUAAAUCAGACGCAUGUAAGCGUUUGAUUAGAUAUCACUGUUUCAAUGAGCAAGUGCUGAGUUCAAAAGAUCUGGCAAAAGCGGAUGAAAUAUUUGAGGAGACAGCUAAACAUCUAUUAAGCAAAUUUAACUCUAUGAUGAAUAAAUACACGUACCUGUUACUUAUGGAAAGCAUGCGAGAGGUGAGAACCUCAGAAUUGAUGAUGAUUGAUAGGACAUUUGUUGCCGAGGAGCAGAGCAUCUUAAGUAGACUCCGAGAACAGGAGGCUAAAGCCAAUGAAGACUUUAAAAAGGAGGAGAAACCUAUGGUUCCAAAAGUCGAGCCUGGCCUAGCGGAUGACGUGAAACCUCCGCCAAUGCCUGCUAAUGUAGCCGUCAAGCGGGAACUAGAGGACGACUAUACAGAGAUGGAUGAAGAUACCAAACCUCAGAUAAAACCAUUAAGUUGUACAAGUGGAGAUUACGAUGAGUGGCUGGAAAUACAAAAGGAAUUAGGUGCAUAUUCUACAUCUGGUGACAGCUCAAAAUGUAAAAACAGUGGUAACAAUAGUAGUGCGAUGACACGGACAUCGAGAAGUGAAAGGACGCGAGCCAAUGGUGAAUAUCGUGGUAGUGUAGUGAGUUCGGGUCUGAUUUUGAAAAACUCUUGCGAAACAGUCCCUGUUACGGCGCGCCGCUGGAGCGGUGCCACAGAUUUAGAAAGAGAUCUAUUAGAAGAUGCAGACAGUUUAGAUGGACUAGUUUUAACAUCUCAGGCCCAAUGUCCACCACCGAUGCAUCUCUCCAACGAUAAUGACAACGACAACGACGACAUAACUGCUCAGGUUCAAUCGGCAAUAGACAGCAUUUUGAAUCUGAAGCAAGGCCCGUCGAACCCUCUUCCUCCACCGCCUCUCCCUGCAACCACAUCAACCUCCCAGAACAGUGAAUCUAAAGAUGCUGCAUUAGAUCAAGCUGUGAGGAGCAUUCUUGGCUCGUGACCCCCCUACAAGAAAGUUCGUUAAGUAAGUUCUGUUCAACAAGGUCUCUAGACUAGAUGAAAUUGUGUGUUUCAUUAUUUAAAUUAAUAAUCGGUGGCACAAAUGCCUGAGAAAUAAUAGUGUAAUCAUUUAAUAAUGGUAUAAAAAUAACGUGAAACGCAACAUCCUGAAAACGUAAUAAUGAUAGUAUAAUGCCAAUUAGAAAAUUGUGAUCUCUUCUAGCGACCUUGCUGUUGAGUCAAGCAUAUGCAAUCAUCAACGUGGUAGUAAUUUUGAGGAUAAUAUUUAUUUGAACCCAAUUAUUAUAUAUUAUAUUAUCAGUUCAGAAAAUGGCAGCUAUAUCUAUAAAGUCGAUCCAGAGUCGAUGAUCUUAUAUAGUACAAUCUGAGGUGACAGGGUUAGAAACAAUUGAGACUUUGGUGUAACCAAUAAUAUCUAAUUUU